AUGGCUCUUGAAGAGGCAAAGAGCAACAAUGACAACGACACUCCACAUGAUGUCCAGGAGGAGGAAGAAGAAGAAGAUACGGACGCUCUGUUAGCUUCUCUUGAGAAUGAAGGCGACGACUCUGCCUACCGUGCGCAAAGAAUGCAGGAAUUAAAUCGUGCAGCUGCCUCCAAGGCGACAAUCACAUUCGACACGAUCAAGAAGGCAUAUAUCACGUUAAAAAGCGAUGAUGAGACUCUCAGCUUUACUACAGAACAUGAGAGGGCAGUGGUCCAUUUCUUCCAUCCUGACUUCGCCCGAUGCAACACCAUGGACACUCACUGUCAACAUAUUGCAGAGAUACACGCAGAAUAUGGUAAUGCCGAUGUCUCAUUUGCAAGAAUCGAUGUCAAGGACGCCCCAUUUGUGGUAGAGAAACUCGGUGUGAGAGUGCUACCUUGUGUGAUUGGCUUCGUGAAAGGAGUCGUCAAAGGCAGGGUCACCGGUUUUGAGGGAUUGUGCUGGAAUGGAAAAGAGGGAAGCCCGGAUGUCACAAGAUCCCUCGAAGAAGCACUUGUUGGUUGGACAGUUCUUCGCAAGAAGCUUCUCUUGGGCCAUGAUGACGAGGCCAGCGACCAUGAUGACGAUGACGCGCCCAAUCGACGAAUAUCGGCUCGAGAAGGGAUUCGCGGUCGCAAGCAGAAGAUUGAGGAUGACAAUGAUGAUGAUUGGGACUGA